UUUUUAUUGACAGCCUUGUUUAUUGUAUAAUAAUUAGUUUUUGCAAAUGGAAAAAUGCAUCAAAACAUCAAUUUAAAAUGUCUUGUUACUGAAAAUAAAGUUACCAACUCCUGGUAUAAAUGGUCUAUGUUUUACACAGAAUCUCACAUUUAAGAUGUGCCACAAACUCUUUCAUUGAAAGAUAUUUCAGCUCAUCAUUGCAUUUUAAUAUGCAUUUCUCUAAGAUUUUAGAUAUAAUUUUAUUUAUUUUUGCUAUUUGUGUGUGUUUUUGUAUGUAAAUUUCUGUACCCGUUUGAGAUUGUGUGUGAACGGGACUUCUAUUUUGGUCUGGCGAUGUGACAUCAUAAGGCUACCCCGCGUCUGUUUGAUUAGGCUGAAGAAGUGUCCAAACACACAGAAAAACUCCCAGUGAAGCAACAGAGAUCCAUGUGACAUAAAGUAAUAAAGAUGGUGUUUAUUAAAGAGGAGAGUGAAGACAUGAAGAUUGAAGAAACAUUCAGAGUGAAACAAGAAGAUACCAAGGAACAAACAGACCUGAUGCCGCUGAAAGAGGAGAGUGAAGAACUAGAAGAAAUAGAGAAAGAUCACUAUGAGAAACAUCAUGAUUUCAUGACUGGAAAAAUACCCAGAGAGACUAAAAAGACCAAAACUAACUGUUACUUCACCUGCCAUCAGUGUGGAAACAGUUUCACUCAUAAACAAAACCUUGAAGUCCACAUGAGAGUUCACACUGGGGAAAAGCCUUUCACCUGCCAACAGUGUGGAAAAAGUUUUACUCAAAAACAAAACCUUACGGUCCACAUGAGAAUUCACACUGGAGAGAAGCCUUACACAUGCCGUCAGUGUGGACAGAGGUUCACACAUAAAAAAAACCUUAAUACCCACAUGCGGAUUCACACUGGAGAGACCGCUUUCACUUGCAAACUGUGUGGCAAGAACUUCUCCCGAAAAGAAAUUCUUAAUGCCCACAUGAGAAUUCACACUGGAGAGAAGCCGUUUAUAUGUGCUCAGUGUGGACUGAGUUUCACACAUAAAAAAAACCUUAAUACUCACAUGAAAAUUCACACUGGAGAGAGCACUUUCAACUGCCAACAAUGUGAAAAGAGUUUCACUCAAAAAGGAAGCCUUAAAAAUCACAUGAGGAUUCACACUGGAGAGAAGCCUUUCACAUGCCCUCAAUGUAGAAAGAGUUUUGCACAUAAAGGAACCCUUAAUUCCCACAUGAGAAUUCACACCGGAGAAAAACCUUUCCAAUGCUCUCAAUGUGGAAAGAGUUUUACCCAUAAAGGAACCCUAAAUAACCACAUGAGGAUUCACACUGGAGAGAAGCCAUUCAUGUGGUCAGUGUGGAAAGAGUUUCAGAUUUACAGUAAUUCUUAAUCACCACAUGAGAAUUCACUCAAGAGAGAACUGCUUACAAUGCUUUUGAGAAACACAGCACUGCACAUUCACUCUCUAUGAAGGCGAUUUAAUUGUAAUAAGUGUAAAAGAAAAUAUAUAUUUAUAUCAUACUUACAGACACAUAGGAAAAGUCAUGCAUAUGUGAGACCCUGGCCAGAGGAGGACUGGCCCCCCGACUGAGCCUGGAUUCUCCCAAGGAUUUUUGCUCCAUUUCUGUCACUGAUGGAGUUUGAGUUCCUUGCCACUGUCGCCUCUGGCUUGCUUAGUACUUAAUAUUCAGCAAAUAUUAUUGACAGACUGCACUGACACUAGUGAACCUACUGAGCUGGAUGAUAAGAUUACUGUUUUCUCCAGAGCUGCUUUAUAGAUUAAUUGAACUCAUUCCAUAAUUGAUGAACUUCACUUGGUUAUUGAACGGAGCUAAAUAAAUACAACUGAUUUCAACUGAAUGUUUACGAUUGUCUUUUUAUCACUGUAAAGCUGCCUUCAAAUAAUCUAUUGUAUAAAGCGCUAUGUAAAUAAAGGUGAUAUGACAACUUGA